AUGUUUUCAUCCUUCAAAUCCAACAUAUCCUCCAACUACCAGAUCUCUCCGCAUCCGGUUGUGAUCUCAGGUCCAUGGAGAGUCCAUGAUGGAAAGAAAAAGUCAACAGGUACAACAGCUUCUGUGUUCAUUUUCGACAAGAAGUUUCUUGAACCCCGAGCUGGUGCAUUUGGGAAAUCGUCCAGUUCCUCCACCAAGAAGCUGCAGGAGGAGGCUAUCGAGCGACUAAAGCGAGAAGCUAGCAGUCUCGCACGUCUUAGGCAUCCGUCCGUUCUACAGGUUCUUGAGCCGGUAGAGGAGACGCGCAAUGGUGGUCUAAUGUUUGCUACUGAGCAUGUCACGGCGUCUCUUGGUGGGUUAUUACGGCAGAAGGAUGAGCAAGAAAGGGUGGGUUCCCGCACCAGCCGUUACACGUCCGAGAGACCGGACGGAAGCCGGGGACGGAGAGAGCUUGAAAUCGACGAACUUGAAGUUCAAAAGGGCCUUUUGCAAGUGGCUAAGGGUCUUGAGUUUCUGCACGAAUCGGCGGGCUUGGUUCAUGGAAAUCUGAAUCCCGAAGCAAUCUUCAUCAACGCGAAGUCUGACUGGAAGAUCGCUGGUCUGGGCUUCGCUGGCCCUCCUGAUUCGACAGAGGCUCGCUCUUCUCUUCCACCAUUGGCGCUUUCCGAGGUCCUAUAUCACGACCCUCGUCUGCCUGCGUCGGUCCAGCUCAAUCUGGAUUACACCUCCCCUGACUUUGCUAUGGAUUCUAACGUUUCUUCCGCCGCGGAUCUAUUUUCUCUGGGGUUGAUCAUUGUUGCUAUCUAUAGCUCUCCCCAUGUUUCUCCAAUCGAGUCGCAUUCAAACUUAUCUACUUAUAAAAAGCUUCUCAGCUCGCCAUCAUCAACCCCCUCGCAAUCGAACAACUUCCUGGCUUCCGGAGUGGUCCCAAAGGAUCUCGUUUCCCAUCUUCUUCCCAGGUUGAUCACAAGAAGGCCAGCCCAGCGUUUAAACGCACGGGAGUUCCAGCAAUCUCAGUAUUUUGACAACAUUCUGGUAUCAACGAUUCGCUUCUUGGAGUCGCUGCCAGCCAAGAACCCAAAUGAAAAAUCCCAAUUCAUGCGUGGACUACAACGGGUGCUGCCUGAAUUUCCGGUGUCGGUUUUGGAGAGGAAGAUCUUGGGUGCUUUACUGGAGGAACUGAAAGAUCGCGACCUUCUACAACUGAUCCUACAGAACGUCUUUGGGAUCUUGCAGCGGAUUCCGAGUGCGCGUCGUAUAUUCCCUGAAAGAGUGAUUCCACGUUUAAAAGAAAUCUUUCCAACAGGGUCUGGCAAAGGCCAGGAGCGUGAUUCGAAACGAGAUGCGGGACUUAUGGUUGUGCUAGAGAACAUGAAAGUGAUCUCCGAGAAUUGCUCUGGCAUGGAGUUCAAGGAUGACAUACUGCCUUUGAUCCGGCUCGGUAUGGACUCGCCUACUCAUUCUUUGGCAGACAUUGCAAUCAAAUGCUUGCCCGUCGUGCUCCCGGUUCUUGAUUUUAGUACUGUAAAGAACGAAGUUUUCCCUCCGAUUGCCACGACGUUCAGCCGGACAAGCAGUCUUGCCAUCAAAGUUCGCUGCUUGGAUGCGUUCGCUGUGCUUUGUGGAGGCUCUGUCGAUGCAGAACCAGAGCUCGAAGAUGACCUUUCAGGUGUUGCUCCGACCAAGCAAUCUAAGUCCGUCAAGUCCUCAAUCCUUGACAAAUACACCAUACAAGAAAAGCUUGUUCCAUCACUGAAGGCCAUCAAAACCAAAGAGCCCGCUGUGAUGAUGGCUGCGUUGAACGUGUUUAGGCAGGUUGGCAUCGUUGCUGACACGGAUUUCCUUGCCUUGGAAGUCCUCCCCAUUCUCUGGAACUUUUCGCUGGGACCACUGCUUGAUAUUCGCCAGUUUGAACAGUUUAUGACGCAGAUUAAAAACAUUUCUGCGAAGAUUGAGCGUGAGCAGAAGAAGAAAUUGCAAGAGCUGUCGUCAGGAGACACCAGCGGUUUCAGAAAUGGCACCAAGAGUCCUUCCGUAGUAGCCACUCUUGAUCAAGGCGACAUGAAUGUCAACUUUGAGCGCCUCGUCCUUGGAAAAGGCGCUACGCCAUCAGAUGCAGAAAUCGACGCCUGGGACACCAUGGACUCCGGGCCAACGCCUCAGACUUCGGCCCCCGCAGCAUCGCCCGCCUUUUCUUGGUCGACAUCAAAUGCGCCUGCGCCGGUUAGCAGGGGAAGCACUCCAUCCGCACAAUCUAACCCCAAUUUCCGCUCUGUUACUCCUGACUAUAAUAUAAGUUCAUUCCCAUCACUCGAACCUGCCCCGCGACAAGUGUCUCCCAUGACACAGGGGUUUCCAGCUUUGCAGCCAUCGCCGUCAGGCUCGUGGAGCUCUUCAACGAGUCAACGCAAUGUCCAGGGGAAUACAGCUGGCCCAUCACUGGCAGCUCUUGCCAGCGUGAAGUCGGCAUCUUCUACUGCUACCACUCCUACCUCAUUUGGUCAACCCAAGCAAUCUAACCAUCCCGCAUUCUCCAUCCCUCCGCCUCCUGCAUCGGGUUCCAUGUCACCACAGCCAUCCGCAUUUGGCGGAAUCUCCAAUGCCACAAAGCCCCCGUCCUUGGGUGCCAACGUGAUGCAGAAUGGGUUGUCGAAUGCCAAUACCCUCCAGCCAGCUAACACGCAGAAACAAGGUCUGGACAAGUAUGAGAGCUUAAUAUGA